GCAGUGAGUAAUAACCACAGCAGCAGCUACAUACAUACACAUAUGCAACACCUAUGUGCAACAUAUGCAUCAAACACAUAUGCAACAUAGACAUAUCCAUACAGCAACAACACGUGGCAAAAACAUCAAGAUAAUAGACAUCAACCAAAGACACAUAGCAACAACAUAGACCAACAGCAUCUGCACAUAUUACAUGUACUUAAUUUUGACACAAAUGGAACCCCAUACUUCUGAAACUAGCAUUUUUCUCCCAAGCAAGCUGCACCCAAAGUCCUUGCAAAAUCUUUUGCUCUUACUGCAUGCUAAAUAUAUGGAUUACUUAACAUGCACAUUAGUAAUAAUUAUAAGUAUUUUCUUUCUUAGUAAUAGAUUUAAACUUAUAUUUUGAUGUGAGUUAGGUCUUGUGCCAUUGGUAAUCUUUGCACAUGCACGCUUGUCAGUCAUACUAGGUUAUAGAUACAUGACAGGGCUUUGAGAUCUAAAACAUUUAAUGAGCUACAUAGAGGGUUGUAUAAUAUUUUGCAAAUGUUGUUGGUCAAUUUAAAUGGACAUUUAAAAAGUCACUUUAAUAACCAUUUAACUGAACUGGAUUAUUGAUCAAGAGUAGAACAAAGUUCAUCAACAGUUGACUAACUUUCUGGCCAAUCUUGGGCUUAGAGGCGGGGGAUAGAAUAAAUGCAAGAUGAUACAUAUGCGCUUCAGUUCCUCGGAGGAGAAAAAGAGGUUGGCUCAGACUUUUUUCAGCAGGCAAGAGAGCAUUUUGCAAACAUGGUGUCUCUGAAACCUCCGUCUUUGAUGCCGGUGACCCUCGCCGAGGCGCUGCUCAUUCUGAGCUGCCUGGCUGUCGCUCUCCUCGCCUUCCUGCUGGUGCGCCAGCUCGUCAAGCAGAGGAGACCCCCUGGGUUUCCUCCCGGUCCAUCUCCCAUCCCUAUCAUAGGAAACAUUUUUUCUCUCGCCACUGAGCCGCACGUCUUUCUCAAGAAGCAAAGCGAAGUUCACGGGCAGAUUUUCAGUCUAGACCUGGGAGGCAUCAUGACAGUGGUAUUAAACGGUUAUGACUGUGUGAAGGAAUGCCUUUAUCAUCAGAGUGAGGUUUUUGCUGAUCGACCUUCUUUGCCUUUAUUCAAAAAAAUGACCAAAAUGGGUGGUCUUCUAAACUGUAAAUAUGGAAAAGGCUGGAUUGACCAUCGCAAGCUGGCUUGCAACUCUUUCCGUUACUAUGGCAGUAGCCAGAAACUGUUUGAGAGAAGAAUAACAGAGGAAUGCAUGUUCUUUGUUGAUGCAAUUGACAAACACAAGGGAAGACCCUUCAACCCCAAACACCUUGUGACCAACGCCGUGUCAAACAUCACCAAUCUGAUUAUUUUUGGCCAGCGUUUUACUUACGAUGAUAGGAACUUCCAACACAUGAUCGAGAUCUUCAGUGAGAAUGUGGAGUUGGCUGUCAGUGGCUGGGCUCUCCUAUACAACGCCUUCCCUUGGAUUGAAUAUUUGCCCUUUGGGAAACACCAGAAACUGUUCCGCAAUGCUGUUGAGGUGUAUGACUUCCUGCAGGAGGUCAUAACAGGAUUUUCUCAUGGUAGGGUGCCCCAUUCACCACGCCACUAUGUUGAUGCAUAUUUAGAUGAGUUGGAGCAGAACACAGGAGAUCCCAGGACUUCUUUUACUUAUGAGAACCUCAUCUACUCAGUGGGAGAGCUCAUUAUCGCAGGCACGGAGACCACGACCAACACCCUGCGUUGGGCUAUGUUGUACAUGGCCCUCUACCCAAACAUACAAGAGAGGGUGCACAGGGAGAUCGACAGUGUUCUGACUCAUGGGAGUCCACCUUCUCUUGAGAACAAGCAUAGGAUGCCCUACGUGGAGGCCGUUCUGCAUGAGGUCCUUCGCCUCUGCAACAUUGUGCCUCUUGGUAUCUUCCGAGCCACCUCCCAAGAUGCAAAAGUCAAUGGGUACACGAUUCCUAAAGGAACCAUGGUGAUCACAAACCUCUACUCAGUGCACUUUGAUGAGAAGUACUGGGAUGACCCAGGAGUCUUCUUACCAGAGAGGUUUCUGGACAGCAGUGGCAACUUCAUGAGACAUGAGGCCUUCCUUCCAUUCUCUUUAGGAAGGCGUCAUUGCGUGGGUGAGCAGCUGGCCCGAAUGGAAAUGUUCCUCUUUUUCACCACAUUAAUGCAGAGGUUUCAACUUCAAUUCUCUCCAGGAACCAUUCCAACUGUAACUCCCAAACUUGGAAUGACCCUACAGCCCAAACCUUACUCCAUUUGUGCUGUCCGUAGGCAGCAAAAGUUUCACUGCUCUGAAGACACUCCUUAUCAUAAGUAGGUCCGCCAGCUGCAGUGCACAGCAUGGCCUGUGCUAUCUGUCUUUUAAAAUGACUUUUGGUGAUCCAGAUGCCCCUCAACAUCCUAACACAACAUUCAGUAUAUUCUACUGCUACAGAUUUUUUUUAUGAGCAUAUCUGCAUGUUUGCACAAUACUUUUAAACAGCAGGGGAGGUGACAGGUGCUGAAAGGACAUCCUGGGAGCACGAGUGGGCAAUUGAUUUAAUUAUCUGAGCUCCUGCAACCAGAAAACGAAAUGCCUGUGAACCUUGGCGCAGCGAUGAUGGCUUAGGUCAAUGAUUAAUAUUCUGUACACCAAUGAUGGUUCAUAGGACUGAUGUUGUAGGACAGCUUUGGGGAGAUUAAUGACACCAGCUAUCCACACAGCCUGUGUCGGGCCAAUUGGGACUAACGGACUUUCCAAGAAAGUUCUGAACAGUGCAUUGGAAUUGGCUGUUGGCCAAGAUUUACAUCAUCUGGACUGACUCUGAACCUUUCUCCAGGGAUAGCGCUAUUUGGAAAAUCUUUCUCCUAGAAAGCAAAUGCAACCCUGAUGGAUUUCUAAAAACUGACUUUGCAACACUGGUUUCUGAUAAAUGGUGCUCAUUAGUACAAAUAAUGUACUGUGUUCAUAUGUAAGAUUGGUUCAUAUGUAAGAUUGGCAACCAUUUAUUGGUUGGCAAUCCUGGUAGUGUACAUGUUUCUUUUUGUGUAUUCAUAAAUUACUAUGACAGAAAAAAGUUGCCCUACUUUUUCUUUUACCUGCAGCAACAAAAAAAUGCAACCUCAAAUGCUUACAGGGUUCACUUUUUUUCACAUGAACCUUUGGAUUAUUAAUU